AUGCAGUGGCUACUGAGUACAAUGUGCCUUAUCCAUGUAUCUGGAAAGAUAUUUUGUUUACUGAAACAAAACAAGAAUCCUGAAGCUCACAUGAAUGUUAGUGAGAUUAUUGAACACUGGGGAUAUCCAAGUGAAGAAUAUAAGGUUGUGACUGAUGACGGUUACAUUCUUCCAAUUAACCACAUUCCUCAUGGGAAGAAUAAUGCUGAUAGUUCAGCCCCAAAGAUGGUAGUAUUUUGUCAACAUGGCUUAUUUUCAACUGCUGGUGUAUGGGUUUCCAAUCCUCCCAACAACAGCCUGGCCUUCAUCCUAGCAGAUGCUGGGUAUGAUGUGUGGUUGGGAAACAGCAGAGGAAGUACCUGGGCAAAAGAACAUGUGACUCUCAACGCAGAUUCUAAAGAAUUCUGGGCUUUUAGUUUUGAUCAAAUGAUAACAUAUGACCUUCCGGCCACCAUUAAUUUCAUUCUGGAGAAAACAGGACAAAAGCAGAUUUACUAUAUUGGCCAUUCUCAAGGAACCCUGAUCGCUAUUGGGGCAUUUGCGACAAAUCAAGAACUGGUUGCAAAGAUUAAAUUCAACAUUUUUCUGGGUCCAGUUUACAGUGUUCAAAAUACCAGAGGUUUUGGGAACCUUGGAUCUUACCUCUUUCCGACAACUAUCAAGGCAAAAAGAAAUGCUGUACUUCGAGCUUAUGAUUGGGGACCUCCAUCUCUGAAUAUGCAACACUACAGUCAAACUACUCCUCCAGUAUACAAUGUGGAAGACAUGAAGGUUCCAACUGCCAUGUUUAGUGGUUUAAAAGAUUUUUUGUCUAAUCCAGAAGAUGUUGAAAUUUUGAAAGCCAAAAUCCCCAACCUCGUAUACCAUAAGACUAUUUCUGAUUUUAGUCAUUUUGAUUUUAUACUGGGAUUAAAUGCUAGGAAAGAGGUUUCUGAGGAAGUUUUAGCCAUGCUUAGGAAAUAUGACGUUGACAGUCAGCUUUAG